AUGAUGCUACAGGUCAGCGGCGACGAUCCUUACGCAGUGCUGCGGACUCUGCCCGAAGCAUUGCCUUCUCAGCCUCUGCUUCACCUUGCAAUCACCAGGAGGGUUUCGAAUGCUUCAUCUUCUGGCACCACAACACACAACAAAGGUGCUGACAGUGGGAUACAUCCGCUAUGGACAUCCGAAGCCGUCUUUCCUCCCUCAAUCACAUCAUCUCUCCAAGCCACCGAAUACAAGCCUUCCGCUGUGCUGCCAACACUUCAGGCUCUUUCGGCUUCAUCGCCCUUGGCGCACUGGCAACAGAACUCUCCCUCAGAGCCACUGGCUGCAGCAAACAUGACGCCAGAGACUGUGAUUUCGACCACCCCAGACAGACCGGCUCGACAAAGAUUCAUUGCAGUGCAAGAAACACGGCGCGAAACUUACCAAGUACUCCCUAUAACAUCAGGCGGGCUCGAAUAUCACUCCCCCACCCCACCGACCUGGCAAGCACUUGACAAGAGCCGGUUGGAACAGCUCUCCCAGAACAGUUUGCAGGAUUCUGAUACAUCAAGCGAACACAGAGCUCCCGCCUCUACGGUUUUCUGUUCUCUUAAUAAUCAUGUCAACUCAGCGUGGAGCCAGGCUUUUGUCAACCAUGUUAUUCGUACUCGAACCCUCCUCGCGACAUCAUCUUAUGAGCUAAUCCUUCCGAUGAGCAUGGACUGUGAUUAUGUUCGGACUGCGACUCAACUAGUGAUCUCGUUUUAUACGCCAACGAGCGCAAUGCGUCAGCACAACGAUUUGUUUCUGUUUGCUGACGGCAUGAAGCAUACUCGGAACAUCCCAGAGCACCUCUUCGCUAUAUUACUGCUCUAUGUCCACUAUUGCGUCGUGCACAGGCUGAACUGCGCAUCAGCCUCACGAUUUCUUGCCUACCAGCUGAGACAGGGCAUUGCACUUGAGAAAUAUCCCCUGCCACGUCAUGAUGCAGAUGAAAACAACCAGAUCCUCCUGGAGAUUGAGAAGCUGCAGCAAAUCGUCUGUGGCGCAGGAGGGGAGGCGAGCCUGGUAGUUGGCCAAAUCGCCGCAACAUACCAACUCGCCGCGCAGCUCCUCGUCUACAUCAGGCUCUUCGGAUAUACGCCCAGUCAUGAGACUGUGUGCCCCAAAGUCAGCGAACUUACCGAACUCUUGUUCCAGCUGCCUACAGAAGCUAGUCCACUACAUCGAGCUAUGGACCCUUUAUUCAGUGUGGUGGUUUGCUUUUGUCUUACCGUCGACGAAGAUGUUGCGAACAGGCUUCUGGAUCGCUCACUCGGGCUCAGGCGUGGCAUGAAAAGUGACGAAACUUUCAUGAAUGAAACCACCCCCAUCCGACACAGUGAAGAUUGCCAUCACGACUGGGCACUCGACGAGAUCUGGGCACAAGUUGACACCGAUAUAGAUGAGAAGGGGCACGGAGGGGAAGAUGGUGAGAGAGGGGCGGAAAAAGUCGGUGACACGCAGGGCGAGGAGGAAGCCAAAGAGGAGAACAAGGAUAGCAAGAAAAGCCCAAGAUUGGACGAUAAGGACCAAGCGAGGAAGCAGGUUGUGUUUGGGCCAGAUAUCCCCCAGCCAUCUAUCGAACGUGGCGUCGGCGAGGGGGCAAGCGGUGAUGGCAAUUUCUUCGUGCCCGAAAACCAGGAUGCUGAGAAGUCUGACGCGGAUGCUGCCUUCGUCGACCCAGAAUACGGCAGACCACUGUUUUCUCUUCCCGAACCUGGGUCGCCCGAGGAUGGCGAAACGGUCGCAUGGGCCAAAGGGAACGGCGAUGGGAAGAUGUUCAUUAACAGAUGCGGAAAGAAGAGUGCAGGGACUUACCGCGUCAACAACAGGGCUUUAUCACCCAAGUACGAAACAACAAAAGAACAAAAGGCGAGCGGUGAUGGGAAGAUCAUGAUUCGCCGUAUAAUUGCAGUUGCAUGGACGAACUCCAAUUUGCAACACAGCACAGAAGAUUUGGAAUUGAUAAAAC